CCCCGCCAGGGCUCCGGCGCCAUAGGCUUCUCCUCGGGUCUGUCCCUGGCUGUCGCCACGGCAGAGUGUGAUGAUGCCAUUUCGCACUAACCUGGCUACUGGAAUCCCCAGCAGUAAGGUGAAGUACUCGCGACUCUCCAGCACAGACAAUGGCUACAUCGACCUCCAGUUUAAGAAAAGCCCUCCAAAGAUCCCGUACAAGGCCAUCGCGCUCACCACCGUGCUGUUCCUGAUCGGUGCCUUUCUCAUCAUCAUCGGCUCUCUCCUGCUGGCGGGCUACAUCAUCAAGGCGGGGGCAGACCCAGCCGUUCCCGUGCUGAUCACCAGCAUCCUGGUGUGCCUGCCAGGAUUUUACCACCUGCACAUUGCCUACCUCGCAUCCAAAGGCUUCCGUGGCUACUCCUACGAUGACAUUCCAGACUUUGAUGACUAGCACCCACCUGAGCCCCGAGGGGAGUCACCAGCGGCACUGCACCCAGCUCCGAGAUGCUGAGCUGAAACGGUGGCGGACAGAGAAGGCCUUCUGCAGCUCGCAGAUGUUUAACAACCAGUGGCUGGAUUCCACGAGGCUGUUCCAGAAAUGCCAGCGGGGCUCACAAGUAGCUAAUUAGGACAUGCUCUCUUUUAUUUAAUCUCCUGGCCCUGGCAGAAGCUCUCACAAGUUUUUCCACGUGGAUACAUGUCUGGGAAGAAGAGCAAUGUUAACUGGCAGAGAGGAGGCCGUUACAGAGUACAGAAGGUCGUCACCCACUCUUCUGAGUUUUCUUUGCAGUAGUCUUGGUUGCCAGUUUGUCCUUGUAGCAAAUGGAAGAAUGAAGUAGGUCUGAUUUCUCAUUACUAUGUAAUUUGUUUUGAAAAGAUCUGAAUAUCUUAUUCCCUGCACAUAUUUCUUCUUUCCGUGUGGGUCCAUUUAUAGUAUCUUCUGCUUGCUUUCUUAGAAACAGCAGCUAGCAGUGUUUUAGACCACAGUAAGCUUUAGAAUGUAAGCACUUUAUCUGUGUAUCUGUUCACCCUUUUUGACUGGCUCUGGUUCAUUUCCCCAGUGUAGAAUU